UAUUUAGAAAAAUACCCCAGCAAUGGUGGCGGCUACCUACAGUGUCAUUAUUUAUCACCACCAUACAAAUGAUACGAAGCAGAUUGGUUGAAUAAGAAAAUGGACGGCGUUUCUUAAAAAAAUCAUCUAGACUACAUCACAAGAUGAAACUUAGAACUGUGUUUUUUUAUGGAUUGAUUAAAAAAAACCACGAUAGGAACAACAAAGAUGAAUAGAAAAAAUAAUUAUUUUGAAAAAUAGCCAUGCUAUUAAUCCCCUGGAAUGAGAACGCAAGUUAGAUUUGUUUUUCAAAUACCAUUUGAACAUGACAUCGACUUGUACAGCAGCUACGAAGCAUAACUUCUAUUGUGUUGUAAAAGCCUGUUUGGAAUUAAUAAACCUGCCUCUUAUAGACAUUUUGGCCAACCAUGUAAAGGAUGUGGACCUUUACAAGAAAAUCAAGUCAUGCCCGAAUCUAUUAUCUGGGAGAAAUAAGCUUCGUUCAGACCAACAAAACAUUUGCUACCUCAAGCCGCCUGCUGUCCCUGAUUACAAAACGUUUGAUGUAACUCUACUGUACACACUCAUAAGGAACUUAUGUCAUUCACUAAGACCAACUCAAGGAUGGGGAAAUGAGCCCAAGACCACAGAUAUACAAGUUGGUGAUGACAUCGAACGUCUAAGGCUAUUUAGAAACAACUACUAUGCCCAUGCUGUUUCUGAAGCAAUUCCUGACACUGAGUUUGAAAUUUUGUGGAGGAACUUAAAAUCCGUUAUCAACAGGAUUCAGUCAAAAACGACAUGUAGUGUGAAUUAUGAAAAGGAGUUAAUAAAGAUAGAACACUCAAAAUUUAACCAUAAAUAUUUGGAAAAAUGUGAACUUCUCUUAAAAGCCUUACUGAGAUUGCAAACAGAGGACAAAGAUGAACCAGAUGUCGUUAUAAAUGGCAACGAUGAAGUAAUAUGUGGAGACCCAGCACGAUUUGUAGCAGUUUUGAAACCAGACUCAUCUUGUUGGUCAAUCACAUGGCAAAAACGUAGAGGAAAAGUCAUAGAAAUUAUCGAUACAAGCACGAAGAAGUACAGUGGUAGUACAAACAGAAAACUUGUCAUACAAUCUGUUUGUAAGGAGGAUGAAGGAGAAUACCAGGUCUUACUGUCACAUGAAUCAAAUCAAAACGGAUACCUAAAAUGUGGAAACACGAUUUGUUUACAUGUUUUCGGAGAGGUGCCAUAUUUGAAUGACCUUGAAGUUACAACAGGAGAUAAAGGAAUCAUUAUACAUUAUGAAAUUUCCGGACAGUCGCCGGAAGUGCAACGCAUAGAUUGGAAAAAAGAUGAUCAAGUACUGAAUACAAAUGUGUGCAAAUAUAUUGGGGGAAGUAUUAAUGACAGUAGUUUGACAAUCAGGUCACCUACUGAAGAAGACAAAGGAAAAUACUCCUGCAUAAUUACCAAUGCAAUGGGAUCCGUGUCAAAGGAUGUGAUUCUGGACGUUCCUAGUGUUGAUAUUGAAGUUAAUCCAACGGUUUAUUUUGGAUCUAAAGCAACCAUUACAGCAGUAGUUUCAUCAACUCCACCACCAGAGCAAGUUAUAUGGCAGAAAAGCAAGGAUGAAAAUAAUUUUUACUGCAUAGACAUCACAAAACCGAACUAUUAUGGAAGUAAUGACAUUCCUUUUAAACCGUUACUUGUAAUUCUAAAGGCAACUUUCGAUGACAAGCUGAAUUAUCGUCUUCUGGUUAGAAAUAAAAUAGGAGAGAGUAUCAGUGAAACUGUGCACCUCAACGUUACAGGAAGUCCUCCCAACAUAACAACAAGUCAAGAAACAAACAUAAAAUGCAAACGUUUAAAAUUGAUUGGAAACGUUUCUCUUUAUGACAACUCUCCUGAUAUUCUGGAAGUGUUUUGGACAAAGAAUGGAGAGAAGAUAGAUGCUCGAGGAAGUGGUGGGAGAUUAUCAGAGGUAACCAUUGACAAUCCAUCCCUGAUCAUCAGAGAUGUCAACGUUGAAGAUGCUGGCAAUUACCAACUCACUGCCGUCAACGCUGUCGGAUCAACUACCAGUGACAUCAUUGUUCUUGAUGUGCCAGGAGUAUCUUUUGAAAACACGGAAAAUAAGGAAGAUGGUACCCAAAGGUACGUUGUGACAAUUCAAUCGGUUCCUUCGCCGCUCGUCGUAAAGUGGAGCUCAAAAGGCAAGAAUAAGGAUGUAUAUACACCAAUUGAUUGUAAUGAAGAGGACUACAAGGGCACACUAAACACUAUUCCCCAUCCAGUGUUAGUUGUGAAGAAAAGUCAUCUUGAAAAUUACAACUACCAAAUAGAAGUGACCAAUUUCUUUGGAUGUACUGUCAAACAGAUAUCAGAUAAUCAACAUCAUCCGACAGAAAACGUAACAAAAGAAAACAAAGUAUACAAAGACCGGGACGCAGGAAUUAAAUUUGCUAAGCUCAGUUAUUAUUUAGCAAAACAUUUCCCGCAUCAGAAAUUCCAAAGUCUCAAAUUAAUUUUACUGGCUUCUGAGAAAGUCAAGAACGUAUCAGCCCUAAAGUCAGCAAGCUGUGCAUCAGAAUGCUUUACUAUUCUUCAUGAGGAAAACCUCUUCAGUCAAAAGGAUGUCAUUUUUAUGCAGUUCCUUUGCAAAAAGACGGAAUGUGAAGAACUGUAUUCACAAUGCAUUAAAUUUGCAUUAACCAAUAAGGCAUUGUGCUACUUUGAAAAACCUCCGGACAAUGGACACACACACGUACAGUUCCACGUACAAGGAAACCUCGAUGAUUACACCAAAGAACAGAUAGAGCACAUUGUUGAAGCUGUUGCUGACAUAGUGGACUGUAAGACACAGGACAUUUCCGUAAAUGGUGUUAAACCUUCAAACAGCUUUUUCCUUGUCCUGUCGUUAAAGAAAGUUUACACCUGGAAACUGUCAAAAUUGAAUGAGCAAGACUGUCACAGACUGACAAAUUUAAACAUUGAUUUUUUUAUUGUUGACUUUAAGACCAUUUUCUUACAGAGUGUAAAAGAUAGAGGAGCAGACAUUAAUUCAUGUGACAAAUACAAUGAAACUCCUCUACAUAAAGCCAGUGAAUCGGGACAUGAAAGAACUGUACAGAUUUUAUUAGAUAAAGGAGCAGAUAUUAAUUUAUGUGACGACGAAAAGAAACAAAUUUCUCUGCAUAAAGCCAGUGGAAAAGGACGUGAAAGCACCGUACAACUUUUAUUAAAUAGAGGAGCAGAUAUUAAUUUAUGUGACACAAACAAAGAAACUCCUCUGCAUAAAGCCAGUAAAUUGGGACAAGAUAGGACCGUACAAUUUUUAUUACAUAGAGGAGCAGAUAUUAAUUCAUGUGACGAAAAGAAACAAACUCCUCUGCAUAGAGCCAGUAGAGAGGGACGUGAAAGCACCGUUAAACUUUUAUUACAUAGAGGAGCAGAUAUUAAUUUAUGUGACACAAACAAAGAAACUCCUCUGCAUAAAGCCAGUAAAUUUGGACUUGAUAGCACCGUACAAUUUUUAUUAGAUAGAGGAGCAGAUAUUAAUUCAUGUGACGAAAUGAAACAAACUCCUCUGCAUAGAGCCAGUAGAGAGGGACGUGAAAGCACCGUACAACUUUUAUUACAUAGAGGAGCAGAUAUUAAUUUAUGUGACACAAACAAAGAAACUCCUCUGCAUAAAGCCAGUAAAUUGGGACGUGAUAGGACCGUACAAUUUUUAUUAGAUAGAGGAGCAGAUAUUAAUUCAUGUGACGAAAAGAAACAAACUCCUCUGUAUCAAGCCAGUACAGAGGGACAUGAAAGCACCGUUCAGCUUUUAUUAGAUAGAGGAGCAGAUAUCAAUUCAUGUGACGAAAAGAAACAAACUCCUCUACAUAAAGCCAGUGAAUCGGGACGUGGAAGCACCGUUCAACUUUUAUUAGAUAGAGGAGCAGAUAUUAAUUUAUGUGACACAAACAAAGAAACUCCUCUGCAUAAAGCCAGUAAAUUUGGACGUGAUAGCACCGUACAACUUUUAUUAGAUAAAGGAGCAGAUAUUAAUUCAUGUGACGAAAAGAAACAAACUCCUCUGCAUAAAGCCAGUAGAGAGGGACGUGAAAGCACCGUACAACUUUUAUUAGAUAGAGGAGCAGAUAUUAAUUUAUGUGACACAAACAAAGAAACUCCUCUGCAUAAAGCCAGUAAAUUGCGACGUGAUAGGACCGUACAAUUUUUAUUACAUAGAGGAGCAGAUAUUAAUUCAUGUGACGAAAAGAAACAAACUCCUCUGCAUAGAGCCAGUAGAGGGGGACGUGAAAGCACCGUUAAACUUUUAUUACAUAGAGGAGCAGAUAUUAAUUUAUGUGACACAAACAAAAAAACUCCUCUGCAUAAAGCCAGUAAAUUUGGAUGUGAUAGCACCGUACAAUUUUUAUUAGAUAGAGGAGCAGAUAUUAAUUCAUGUGACGAAAAGAAACAAAAUCCUCUGCAUAGAGCCAGUAGAGAGGGACGUGAAAGCACCGUUAAACUUUUAUUAGAUAGAGGAGCAGAUAUUAAUUUAUGUGACACAAACAAAGAAACUCCUCUGCAUAAAGCCAGUACAUUUGGACGAGAUAGCACCGUACAAUUUUUAUUAGAUAGAGGAGCUGAUAUUAAUUCAUGUGACGAAAAGAAACAAACUCCUCUGCAUAAAGCCAGUAGAGAGGGACGUAAAAGCACCGUUCAGCUUUUAUUAGAUAGAGGAGCAGAUAUUAAUUCAUGUGACGAAAAGAAACAAACUCCUCUACAUAAAGCCAGUGAAUUGGGACAUGAAAGCACCAUUCAACUUUUAUUACAUAGAGGAGCAGAUAUCAAUUCAUGUGACGAAAAGAAACAAACUCCUCUACAUAAAGCCUGUGAAUGGGGACAUGAUAGCAUCGUUCAACUUUUAUUAGAUAAAGGAGCAGAUAUUAAUUCAUGUGACGAAAAGAAACAAACUCCUCUGCAUAAAGCCAGUAGAGAGGGACGUGAAAGCACCGUUCAACUUUUAUUACAUAGAGGAGCAGAUAUCAAUUCAUGUGACGAAAAGAAACAAACUCCUCUGUAUAAAGCCAGUAGAAAGGGACGUGAAAGCACCGUUCAACUUUUAUUAGAUACGGGAGCAGAUAUUAAUUCAUGUGACAUAAACAACGAAGCUCCUCUACAUAAAGCCUGUGAAUGGGGACAUGAUAGCACCGUUCGACUUUUAUUAGAUAAAGGAGCAGAUAUUAAUGUAUGUGACACAAACAAAGAAACUCCUCUGCAUAAAGCCAGUAAAUUAGGACGUGAUAGGACCGUACAAUUUUUAUUAGAUAGAGGAGCAGAUAUUAAUUCAUGUGACGAAAAGAAACAAACUCCUCUGCAUAAAGCCAGUACAGAGGGACAUGAAAGCACCGUUCAACUUUUAUUACAUAGAGGAGCAGAUAUCAAUUCAUGUGACGAAAAGAAACAAACUCCUCUACAUAAAGUCAGUGAAUCGGGACGUGAAAGCACCGUUCAACUUUUAUUAGAUAGAGGAGCAGAUAUUUAUUCAUGUGACAUAAACAAAGAAACUCCUCUACAUAAAGCCUGUAAAUGGGGACAUGAUAGCACCGUUCAACUUUUAUUAGAUAGAGGAGCAGAUAUUAAUUCAUGUGACGAAAAGAAACAAACUCCUCUGCAUAAAGCCAGUAGAGAGGGACGUGAGAGUACCGUUCAACUUUUAUUACAUAGAGGAGCAGAUAUUAAUUCAUGUGACGAAAAGAAACAAACUCCUCUGUAUAAAGCCAGUAGAAAGGGACGUGAAAGCACCGUUCAACUUUUAUUAGAUAGAGGAGCAGAUAUUAAUUCAUGUGACAUAAACAAAGAAACUCCUCUACAUAAAGCCUGUAAAUGGGGACAUGAUAGCACCGUUCAACUUUUAUUAGAUAAAGGAGCAGAUAUUAAUGUAUGUGACACAAACAAAGAAACUCCUCUGCAUAAAGCCAGUAAAUUGGGACGUGAAAGGACCGUACAAUUUUUAUUAGAUAGAGGAGCAGAUAUUAAUUCAUGUGACGAAAAGAAACAAACUCCUCUGCAUAAAGCCAGUACAGAGGGACAUGAAAGCACCGUUCAACUUUUAUUAGAUACAGGAGCAGAUAUUAAUUCAUGUGACGAAAAGAAACAAACUCCUCUACAUAAAGCCAGUGAAUCGGGACGUGAAAGCACCGUUCAACUUUUAUUACAUAGAGGAGCAGAUAUUAAUUUAUGUGACACAAACAAAGAAACUCCUCUGCAUAAAGCCAGUACAUUUGGACGUGAUAGCACCGUACAAUUUUUAUUAGAUAAAGGAGCAGAUAUUAAUUCAUGUGACGAAAAGAAACAAACUCCUCUGUAUAAAGCCAGUAGAAAGGGACGUGAAAGCACCGUUCAACUUUUAUUACAUAGAGGAGCAGAUAUUAAUUCAUGUGACGAAAAGAAACAAACUCCUCUGCAUAAAGCCAGUACAGAGGGACAUGAAAGCACCGUUCAACUUUUAUUACAUAGAGGAGCAGAUAUCAAUUCAUGUGACGAAAAGAAACAAACUCCUCUACAUAAAGCCAGUGAAUCGGGACGUGAAAGCACCGUUCAACUUUUAUUAGAUAGAGGAGCAGAUAUUAAUUCAUGUGACGAAAAGAAACAAACUCCUCUGCAUAAAGCCAGUAGAGAGGGACAUGAAAGCACCGUUCAACUUUUAUUAUAUAGAGGAGCAGAUAUCAAUUCAUGUGACGAAAAGAAACAAACUCCUCUACAUAAAGCCAGUGAAUCGGGACAUAAAAGAAGUGUACAGAUUCGUUUGUUAAAAAGAGGAGCAGAUAUUAAUCUAUGUGGCGGAAUCAAACAAACUCCUCUGCAUAAACCCAGUGGAAUGGUACGUGACAGCACCGUACAACUUUUAUUAGAUAGAGGAGCAGAUAUUAAUUCAUGUGACAUAAACAAAGAAACUCCUCUACAUAAAGCCUGUGAAUGGGGACAUGAUAGCACCGUUCAACUUUUAUUAGAUAGAGGAGCAGAUAUUAAUUCGUGUGACGAAAAGAAACAAACUCCUCUGCAUAAAGCCAGUAGAAAGGGACGUGAAAGCACCGUUCAACUUUUAUUACAUAGAGGAGCAGAUAUUAAUUCAUGUUACGAAAAGAAACAAACUCCUCUGUAUAAAGCCAGUAGAAAGGGACGUGAAAGCACUGUUCAACUUUUAUUACAUAAAGGAGCAGAUAUUAAUUCAUGUGACGAAAAGAAACAAACUCCUCUGCAUCAAGCCAGUACAGAGGGACAUGAAAGCACCGUUCAACUUUUAUUACAUAGAGGAGCAGAUAUCAAUUCAUGUGACGAAAAGAAACAAACUCCUCUACAUAAAGCCAGUGAAUCGGGACGUGAAAGCACCGUUCAACUUUUAUUACAUAGAGGAGCAGAUAUUAAUUAAUGUGACGAAAAGAAACAAACUCCUCUGCAUAAAGCCAGUAGAGAGGGACAUGAAAGCACCGUUCAACUUUUAUUAGAUAGAGGAGCAGAUAUCAAUUCAUGUGACGAAAAGAAACAAACUCCUCUGCAUAAAGCCAGUAGAGAGGGUCAUGAAAGCACCGUUCAACUUUUAUUAGAUAGAGGAGCAGAUAUCAAUUUAUGUGACGAAAAGAAACACACUCCUCUGUAUAAAGCCAGUAGAAAGGGACGUAUAAGCACCGUACAACGUUUAUUACAUAGAGGAGCAGAUAUUUAUUUAUGUGACGAAAAGAAACAAACUCCUCUGCAUAAACCCAGUGGAAUGGUACGUGACAGCACCGUACAACUUUUAUUAGAUAGAGGAGCAGAUAUUAAUUCAUGUGACAUAAACAAAGAAACUCCUCUACAUAAAGCCUGUGAAUUGGGACAUGAUAGCACCGUUCAACUUUUAUUAGAUAAAGGAGCAGAUAUUAAUGUAUGUGACGAAAAGAAACAAACUCCUCUGCAUAAAGCCAAUAGAAAGGGACGUGCACGCACCGUACGACUUUUAUUGGAUAGAGGAGCAGAUAUUAAUUCAUGUGAGAAAUACAAUGAAACUCCUCUACAUAAAGCCAGAAGAAAGGGACAUAAAAGAACUGCACAGAUCUUAUUAGAUAAAGGAGCAGAUACAUUCACUUCAAGCAUAUUUUUUUUAAACAUACACCAUAGCAUAGCAUAGCAUUGAAAUCUCAUAGCAUAGCAUUGGAUUCUCAUAGCAUAGCAUUGGAAUCUCAUAGAAUUGCAUUCGUCAUAUCAUACCAUAGCAUACCAUAGAUUAGCAUACAACAUUAUUUUAACUCGGUUUUAAAUGUUUCUAUUUGAAAAAAUAAAUGUUUACAUGAUAGAUUUGUGGUAAACUUUGGCUUCUUAUUAUUUCACUUCGAAAUGUGUGGAACUCUUCUGUGUAUGGAGGCGUUUUUGUUCAAAUCUCAUAGCAUACCAUACUAUAGCAUUGCAUACAAUAUCAUUAAGCCCUUCAUUUCAAUUUCUCAUAGCAUAGCACACAAAUCUCAUAGCAUACCAUACAAAACUCAUAGCAUAUAAUUAAAAUCGCAUACCAUAGCAUAGCAUUAAAUUGUAAAAGAUAUGCAUGAAAUGACUGUAUUAAUUCAUGUGACAAAUACAAUGAAACUCCUUUACAUAAAGCCAGUGAAUUGGGACACGAAAGAACGGUACAGAUUUUUUAUUAGAUAAAGGAGCAGAUAUUAAUUUAUGUGACAAAAACAAACACACUCCUCUGCAUAAAGCCAGUGGAAAGGUACGUGACAGCACCGUACAACUUUUAUUAGAUAGAGGAGCAGAUAUUAAUUCAUGUGACACAAACAAAGAAACUCCUCUGCAUUAAGCCAGUAGAAAAAUGUACGUGGCAGCACCGUGCAACUUUUAUUAGAUAGAAGAGCAGAUAUUAAUUCAUGUGACGAAAAGAAACAAACUCCUCUGUAUAAAGCCAAUAGAAAGGGACGUGAAAGCACCGUUCAACUUUUAUUACAUAGAGGAGCAGAUAUUAAUUUAUGUGACGAAAAGAAACAAACUCCUCUGCAUAAAGCCAGUAGAGAGGGACAUGAAAGCAUCGUACAACUUUUAUAACAUAGAGGAGCAGAUAUUAAUUUAUGUGACACAAACAAAGAAACUCCUCUGCAUAAAGCCAGUAAAUUGGGACGUGAUAGCACUGUACAAUUUUUAUUAGAUAGAGGAGCAGAUAUUAAUUCAUGUGACGAAAAGAAACAAACUCCUCUGCAUAAAGCCAGGAGAAAGGGACGUAUAAGCACCGUGCAACUUUUAUUAGAUAGAGGAGCAGAUAUUAAUUCAUGUGACGAAAAGAAACAAACUCCUCUGCAUAAAGCCAGUAGAAAGGGACGUAUAAGCACCGUUCAACUUUUAUUAGAUAGAGGAGCAGAUAUUAAUUCAUGUGACGAAAAGAAACACACUCCUCUGUAUAAAGCCAGUAGAAAGGGACGUAUAAGCACCGUACAACGUUUAUUACAUAGAGGAGCAGAUAUUUAUUUAUGUGACGAAAAGAAACAAACUCCUCUGCAUAAAGCCAGUAGAAAGGGACGUAUAAGCACCGUGCAACUUUUAUUAGAUAGAGGAGCAGAUAUUAAUUCAUGUGACGAAAAGAAACAAACUCCUCUGCAUAAAGCCAGUAGAAAGGGACGUAUAAGCACCGUGCAACUUUUAUUAGAUAGAGGAGCAGAUAUUAAUUCAUGUGACGAAAAGAAACAAACUCCUCUGCAUAAAGCCAGUAGAAAGGGACGUAUAAGCACCGUUCAACUUUUAUUAGAUAGAGGAGCAGAUAUUAAUUCAUGUGACGAAAAGAAACAAACUCCUCUACAUAAAGCCAGUGAAUCGGGACAUAAAAGAACUGUACAGAUUUUAUUAGAUAGAGGAGCAGAUAUUAAUUCAUGUGACAAAUACAAUGAAACUCCUUUACGUAAAGCCAGUGAAUCGGGACAUAAAAGAACAGUACAUAUUUUCUUUAUUAGAAAAAGGAGCAGAUAUUAAUCUAUGCGGAAUCAAACAAACUCCUCUGCAUAAACCCAGUGGAAUGGUACGUGACAGCACCGUACAUGUUUUAUUAGAUACAGGAGCAGAUAUUAAUUCAUGCAACACAAACAAAGAAACUCCUCUGCAUAAUGUCUGUGAAUGGGGACAUGAUAGCACCGUUCAACUUUUAUUAGAUAAAGGGCAAAUAU